AUCAGCUCGGGGCGCAGAGCUUUGGGAAUUCCAAGCAGAGCCAGCACAGCCACAGCCCACAGCCCACAGCCCGGGAGGAGAAGCGAGCGCGCGAUCCAGUUGGUGGCCGCCCCCGCCCGCACACCAUGGCGACGCCGUGGUGGUGGCCGUCGCUGCUGCCGGCGUGGCUGAGCUCCAGCGCGCUAUGGUUCCUCGUCGCCAACGCGGUCGUCGCCGCGGUCGCCAUCCUGUCCAGGCGCCCGCCGCUGCCGCUGCCGCUGCCGCUGCCGUCGCCCCGCCGCCGCCGCCGCAGCAGCGGCGCCGCCGCCGCGCUCACGCGGAGGGCCUCGUCUGCGCUGCUGCAGCGCCUCCGCUCCUUCUCCAUCUUCGCCGUCCCCUCCGCCUGCUUCAACACCACCACGCCGUUUCCGCACCCCGACGCCGCCCAAGGAACAGAAACUGAGGCGCCGGCCAGGACACCGGCGUCCCCUCUCUCGUCGCUGGGCCGCGCGCCGGCGGCAGACGCCGACGAGGAGGAUAGCGAGCCCGGCGGGAUGAGCAUGGACGAGGCCUACGCGCUGGCGCUGGAGGCGCGCCGCCGGCCGGACCGGGAGAGGGAGGAGGCGCCCAGGAGGUCCGAGGUGGACGCCAAGCCCGAGGAGUUCAUCCGCGGCUUCGAGGACCACCAACGCCAGCAGCGCCUCAACUCCAUCUUCAACUACACCCAGAUGCUCAAGCAGCGCGCCGCCGCCGCCCGCCGCCAGCGCCAGCCGGAUGCCCCGCCAGAUCAGCUUUGAGUCACGUGUUCGGUUCGUUCGUUCCUGAUAUUGGUCAGCGUUUUCAGGGAGACCAAAAUCAGUUUUGAGUUGCUGUACAUAGCCUGCUUUCAACAGAUUGUUUGUAUAUAGUCACCAGAUAUGAUUUACAGAUAAAGUACGACAUAAAGAUA